AUGAACCAAGCCAUCUUCCUUCUGUGUCUCUUAGGUUUUUCUUCAGCUGUAGUGAUUCGUAAUCAGGCGGAUGCCUCACUAACACAGGCAUGCUUCCACUGUUUGUGUCUUCAAGAAUCAGAAUGUAAGCCCAUUGGUUGUCAGCAAAAGCACGGAGAAACUGCAUGUGGAUAUUUUCUACUGACUAUGUCUCACUACACAGUCUGCGGUAAACCGGGAUAUGUAGAUGGAGAAGACCUAACAACAGCUUUCAAAAGAUGCGCUGCAGACUACGGUUGUUCCAGUCAGUGUGUGAGGAACUAUUACGUAAACACCGGGCGGAACUGCGGAAAGUACCACGAAACGCCUUGUGAAAUGAUGGUUCGAAACCAUGACGGAGGAAAUUAUGGAUGCACUCUGAACGGAACCCUUCCUCUCUGGAACGCAGUUAAAACCUGCUGUGCUGGUCAAUGCUAA